AUGGCAAAUAUUCACACCAAAUCCUCUUUACCAGCGAAAAGAUACCACAAUGAUAUAGACACUGACAAUAUUCCUCAAAUUAGUAAAUCAAGAAAAUUAAACCAUUCUACAAAUAGCCAUAUAUCUAAUGACACCGAUUUAACCAAUAUCUCAAAUAUAUCAAAUAUAUCAAACUUGUCAAAUAUUUCCCACAUAUCUCACAUAUCUCAAAUAUCUCAGGAUUCGAAUGACUUACUAACCGAUAAUAACACUUCUUCCCCAAUUGAUACCUCAAUCUUAAACUCUCCAAAAUACCUCUCUUCAAAUUAUAAUUACCAUAAUAACAUCAAUAACUCUAACAUCCCUAACAACUCUAAUAACUCCACUUCAUCUUCAAAUCAAACUUCUAAUCCUCACCCUGUUCACACUCACUCUCCUUAUCCUUCUCCUACCAACACCAAUACUUCCAACACCAACACCAACACUUCUAACUCUAUCCCUUCUAAAGAAGAAAACACUAAUAUAGAAAAUUACUACGAUAAUUUGGAAACUAACCCUGACUAUAUCUCUCUCACUUCAACGUUAUCUCUACUAUAUAAUCAGAAACUCAAAAUAUCUCAAAGAAUUCAUCAACUAUCGUUAUUGAAAAAAAAAUUACUACUACUUAAGAAUAACUCCAGUAACAAUACCAAUAACAACACUUAUAUUCUAAAUAACCUACUUAAUAGUCUUAAUUUAUCAAAUCUCAAUAACAAUAACAAUAUAAACAUCUCUGACACUGUAAUAAAAUCUCCCACAAUCGACUGGGAAAAAUAUGGCUUUCUAAACAAUAACUUGGUCGAAAAUGAAAUCAAAAACUUGGAUACAUUUUUCAUCAAUAAUAACAAUUCCUUUUUCAAAAAUGUUCUCUUAUUUGAUCAAAAUUGA